AUGCCUUCUACCUGGAGUACCAUAUCUUCAUCCUCACCGAAUAGUAGUGGUGAUAAAUCCUCUAAUCAUGGUCCUUCCUCAACAUGGGACAUUCUCGAGCACUCUCUAAUUUCCAGUUACUCUGAUUCGUCGUCCCCCGAUGCUUUGCUUGCUCAUCCGCCACGUUCACCCACGUUGCAACCGAGGCCACCACUAGCAGUUCGGAUAACCUCCGAAAUCGCCUAUUUGUUGCAUGCGUAUCAGACUGGGGUGGCGACAUGGAUGGAUCUUUUUGACCACGGCUGCACCUAUCAACGGGUAGUCUCCCGUCAGAUCCUUGAUUCAGAGCUGCUUCUCCAUUGUGUCUGUGCUUUCACAGCCAAGAACCUCAGCCUGUUACCAUCGGGAAUGGCCUGGGUUUCUGCUGCUGCCUACCACUACGGUGAAUCGCUGCGUCUGCUCAGAGAGCUGCUCAACAACUCAAUUCCGCAAGAGAACGCUUUAACUGCAAUUAUAUUACUAAGUAGCUAUGAAAUGAUUGCGGCCCAGGGCCAAGAACUACAGCGCCAUUUUUUCGGCGCCACCUUGCUCAUCCGAACCUAUGGAAUCAGUGCUGGCUCACAUGGUAUUAACCGAGCCAAUUUCUGGAUCUAUAUCCGCCAUGAGAUUGUUGUGGCCCUCGUUAAUGAAAGUCCAAUGCAGAUGAGUCCAAACGAAUGGAAUGUUCGUUGGCGAGAUGGUGAGACCGAGGAGGAUGUCUUUGGGAACCAGCUUUUAUGGCUGGUCGGUCGUGCCAUUGAUGUGGUGUUCGCGAAGGACCCCAACACACAGGAACCAAUGCCAAUAAUGGUCGAUGCGAGAAACGACUUGCUUAGAGAGGUGGACAGAUGGCUGGAUACCCUCCCAUCAUCCUUCCGGGCCAUUUCAUACGGAGAACCAACGGACGAAGGCUUUUCAAGACUUCAUUAUUCCUUACCGACCGUUUGUGAGUGGCAAUUGACCUUGAUAUAA